CAAGAGUACAUUUGAACUGAUUUUGAAUUUUUAUAUUAAAGUGCACAGAGUUUAUAAUACUUUAUUAAAUAAAUUGAGAAAAGUGUAGUAAAUUAUUUUUAAUUAAAUUUCACAACGAAAAUGCAUUCAUUGCGAAAUGCGAAAAUCGCGUUGGUCAGACACAGGAACAUAUUGCAAACUUACGAUGUCGCGAGAAAGAGUUUCGGGACAGACGUCCAGUACAAACCCAUCAGAAGCGUACUCGUCGCGAAUCGGGGCGAGAUCGCGAUUCGAGUUUUCCGAGCAUGUACCGAGCUCGGGAUUCGGUCGGUGGCGAUCUACUCGGAACAGGACAAAAUGCAGAUGCACAGACAGAAGGCUGACGAGGGUUACAUUGUGGGCCGGGGACUACCACCGGUUCAGGCUUACCUGAACAUACCGGAGAUCAUAAAAGUAGCCAAAGAGAACGACGUCGAUGCCAUUCACCCUGGAUAUGGGUUCCUGUCCGAGAGAUCGGACUUCGCGGAGGCUGUGAUAAACGCUGGGAUCAGGUUCAUCGGUCCCAGCCCCAAAGUCGUUCAACAGAUGGGUGACAAGGUAGCUGCUAGACAGGCUGCGAUAGAGGCUGAGGUACCGAUUGUCCCGGGGACGGAUGGACCAGUGACCACUUCCGACGAGGCUAUGGAAUUCUGCAUGAAGCAUGGGCUUCCAGUCAUCUUCAAGGCAGCUUAUGGUGGCGGUGGAAGAGGUAUGAGGGUAGUCAGGCAAAUGGAAGAAGUUCGGGAAAUGUUCGAUCGAGCGUCUUCAGAAGCUGCGGCCGCGUUUGGCAACGGGGCUAUGUUUAUCGAGAAGUUUAUUGAGAGGCCCAGGCACAUAGAAGUACAAUUGUUGGGUGAUAAUGCUGGGAACGUAGUCCAUCUCUACGAACGCGAUUGCUCGGUGCAACGACGUCAUCAAAAGGUCAGCCAAAUAGAGAAGUAAAUAAGGAUAAAUAGAAAAAUAACUGGACCGCAAAUUUUUAUCAAAUUUAUCUAUUCAUGGAUAGUCCGUUUAAAAANNNUGUAUUAUCUGUUUUCGAAAAUUUUCAGAAUCGAUCUGGUGCAAUCUCAGAUAAGAAUAGCCGAAGGCAUUACGCUGCCUGAAUUAGGACUGACCCAAGACAAGAUCGUUCCUCAAGGAUUCGCGAUACAGUGCAGAGUCACUACUGAGGAUCCAGCGAAAAACUUCCAACCGGAUACCGGAAGAAUAGAAGUAUUCAGAUCUGGAGAAGGUAUGGGAAUCAGAUUGGACGGAGCCUCGGCGUUUGCUGGUGCGAUUAUCUCGCCAUACUAUGACUCUCUUCUGGUCAAGGUAAUAGCUCAUGCGGCAGAUCUGCAAUCGUCUUGUGCAAAGAUGAACCGAGCGUUGCGAGAGUUCCGAGUCCGCGGGGUGAAGACGAACAUCCCCUUCCUAUUGAACGUCCUUGAAAACCAGAAAUUCUUAAACGGGAACGUGGACACGUAUUUCAUCGACGAGAACCCGCAACUGUUCCAGUUUCAGCCUAGCCAGAACCGUGCACAGAAACUGUUGAAUUAUUUAGGAUCAGUUUUGGUGAAUGGGCCUAGUACACCCUUGGCGACGAAUUUGAAACCGGCUGAGAUUAGGCCCCACAUUCCGCAGAUCGCUUUAGACUUUGCUAGGCUUGCAGCCGCCGAAGACAGCAAUGAUCCAGAUGCACCAGGUAUGCUUCUUCAUGAUUAUAAUUUUUUCAUCGUCAGCAUCAUCUGCAUUAAGUGACAACGUAAAGGGGAAAUUAGAAAUGGAAAUGAAUAAGUAGGUUAUUCAAAAUUCGAUAAUUUCAUCAUCGUUCACAUUUCGUUCGUUUGCAGACACGUGAAUUCGAUUGGAAUUCGAAAUUUACAAUUGGCAAUUGGAAUCGGGUUUGUAGAACACGUAAAUAGAUAUUUUCUUGUGGGUCAGAGUACUUGUCCAAAUUAGAUAGUAGUUUCUUGUAGAGGA